GGUUUAUCCAGUUCUUUAGUUACUUCGAGGAUUGUAAAACAAAAUGUUCGGGAUUUUCGUUUUCGCCAUUUUUUCUGUCGCUGUUGCUUCAGCUGGCGUACAUAAACAUCAACAUGUGAAAGUCGUAGUUCCCGAGCAGCAAGCUCAAUCCUCGCAUACCCUGGAAAUAGCCGAAGGAUAUGAAAGUGGUGGCUAUGCACCUGGUGAAUUGGAGGCCCACGCAGCAGCGGAAGCGGGAGCUAGUGGAAAUGGAAAAGGCAGUUCAGGAGCAGAAUUGACAAGUUUAGCUCAUAAUUCGGCAGUGCAGGCUAAAAAUGCCGUUAGGAAUCAACAUACCGCCGGAAGCCAAGCCGCUUUCGGAGUCAAAAGUAGUUUAGCCAGUGCUGCUGUUGGAGCUGCCCAAACCGCCCAAGCUGCUCUAGUGGGUAAACAAGCUAUCGUGCAAAACCUUAAAAAGCAAGCAAUCGAAGCUCAGCAGGAAUUGCAAGCCGAAAUUUCACAAUACCACCAACUGGAAGCCGUAUCUCAAGUUGCAGCUCAAGCCUCCCAAGACGCCCACGCCCAACUGAACACUCUUACUGCUGCUCUUGCGUCUGCACAGGCCGGUGCUUCGCACGCUGAACAAGCCGCAGCCGAAGCUGCUAAUGCUGCUGCUUCUCAACACGCGAUGGUCGACGAAGCUAAGCAAAAAGUCGGAAGCAUAUUAUCUCAACUUCAAAACGCUGUAGGUGAUCUACAAGAAACAGAAAAUUCUGCCAUUAAAGCAGCCGAGGCUGCACAUAUUGCACAGUCCAACGCUGCAGCUGCGGGGCUAGCAGUAGCUGCCGCUAGUGCUAAGAAUGGACAUAACGGAGGCGGUUCUGGAGGAUAUCACCAUCACUAUUAAUAUAUGUCGUAGUUUUUACUAGUUUUUUAAUAAAUUUUAGAGAAAGUUAGA